UAACUCAGGCUCACUAAUAGUCCUCAGUCACUGUCCAUAAGCUCUCGUGCUUUUCAAAACCUUUAGCUAGAAGCAAUUUUCUGUGCUUGUUUAUGUUGUCCCUCGAGGUCACACCUUUCUCAGCAAAGGACAGCUCUAGAACACAGCAGGAAAUCGCAUCAUUGAGCAACAUCGUCGUAAGACGCGACUGCAAAGAGCACAGGGCAGACCUGUUCUCUUGGUCAUUUGUUUGGAGCAAGAGUCUUAUCACUGGCUUAAUCAUCCAACAUCAUGUAGAAUGGAGACGAAGAUAAAGAUAGGCGAAUGAGGAAGAAAAGUCACCCUUAAAUCUGGUAAACUGAGUACAAGCACAGUUGACAUCAAGGAACGACAGCUCACUGAGUCCAUCCAGGGAUUUAUGGUGACUUGUGUUUAAGUAGAAACCACUCCAGAUGAGUGCUUUCAGGAGGACUUUGGCUUUGGGGUUACUGAUCUCCAUCACUAUUCUGGUGCUGGAGUCAAGUUGUAUGAAUGGGAAUCAAACGGAACAGAACAGUUCAUUACCUUUGCCAGAAGUUAACAUUACAGUGUCUGUGCAGAUGGGUACAAAGGCUCCACUGUGCUGCCCUGCUAUUCCACUGACAAAAGCAGUACUAAUAACAUGGGAAAUAACCACAAGAGACCAGCCUCCCUGCAGAAUAUCCUACAGAGUAGAAACCAAGGAGACCAAUGAAACCAACUGUACAGACAGGAGAAUCACCUGGGUCUCCACACCUGACCAGAGUCCUGUUCUUCAGAUCAAUGCAGUGGCCCUCGAUCAUGAUGGGCAUUAUUCAUGUAUUAUAGCAACACAUAAUGGGAAUUUCAUAGAGAGACAUGACCUCCAAGUUCUAGUCCCUCCUGCAGUAACCCUGUCUCCAGGGAAAAAUAGAACUGCAGUUUGUGAGGCGACUGCAGGUAAGCCGGCUGCUCAGAUCUCCUGGACUCCAGAUGGGGACUGUAAAACUAUGAAUGAAUCACACAGCAAUGGCACCGUGACUGUCAGGAGCACAUGCCAGUGGGAGCAGAGCAAUGUAUCUGCUGUGUUCUGCUUUGUCUCUCAUUUGACUGGCAACCAGACUCGGUCCAUAGAACUGAAUCAAGGUGUUACCAGCACGCCACUGCAUUCCUUGCUGACCAUUCUCUAUGUGAAACUUUCCCUUUUGGGAAUCAUUUUGCUCAUCAUAGGAUUUGUUUUCUUCCAGAAGAGAAAUUACUUCAGAAAAUGAAAAUCAAGAUUUCUGAAGCCUAUUAGUCUGGUGGCACAAUACAAGAAAGCAGCCAUUUGCAGUCACCUUUCUAGUUGACACCCAGCAUACCUGCUCCUGAUGUCUCCAUGUGUGCUACAAGUCAUGUGACAGCUGGCAGUCAUGCAGUAUGAAUAUACAAGCAAAAGCUUGGUGCUUACCAUCUUAUGUGCUAUUAAUGAUCAUAUACCCUCUCCUGUCCCUGCUUCUCAGGUCAAAGAGGAAGAUGGCUUAGCAAAUGUGAACAACAGUGCUAGGUGGAUUUCCUUCACUCAAGUCCUCCAGGAAUGGCUUCCAUCAACUUCCUCUUUGUUGGUUCAUUUUACAUGAUCAUAAAUGUUGCACUGUCAGAUGCCAUGAGAAGCAAUACCUUCAAGUCAGGCACUAGCUGGCCUUCUUUCCUUGCUUUCUUGCUACCAAAUAGUUAGGUAGUUGCCUUUUAUAUUAAAAAUUGAAUACAAGACUAGAAACCAUUUUUUUUUAGCAGUAUCUCUGUGCUUUAGUAGAGGUUUAAAGGUGAAACCAGAGAAGGCACUGCCAGUGUCAUGGAGGUAACACUGAAAAUCCCCUUACUGUUUAGAGCCCCAGUGUCUCAAUUCCCUUUUCUGUCUGCAUGGUGACUCACAGGCGUUGGGAUGGAUCAGGGAGGGUAAGGGUAAGACACUGAUAAACCCUAGUAACUGUAAACCAAGACCUUGUCUUCACUUGAUAGAGACAGUAAUCCUAUAAUAAAAACUUUGUUUUUAAUUAAAAGGAUUAUUUCUUGGGUAACAUGA